GUGCUCUUCUGGCAGCGAUUGCCGGCGUGACUUUGAACCCUUCGUGCAGUGUUGCUGGUUGUUGGGCAGACCCGGAGUCGCGGGACAGUCGCGCCUCUUCUGUGCUCGCCAUGAGGCUGCUGGGAGCCGCCGCCGCCGCGGCUGUGGGGCGCGGGCCGCUCCCGCAGGUCCCCGCCGCCCUGGGCUGGAAGGGGAAGCAGGCUAAUUGGAAGAUCUGCCGGUGGUGUUCAUCAGGGGUGAUUCCUAAUGAAAAGAUACGGAAUAUUGGAAUCUCAGCUCACAUCGAUUCUGGGAAAACUACAUUAACAGAACGAGUGCUUUACUACACUGGCAGAAUUGCAAAAAUGCAUGAGGUGAAAGGUAAAGAUGGAGUUGGUGCUAUCAUGGAUUCCAUGGAAUUAGAGAGACAAAGAGGAAUCACUAUUCAGUCAGCAGCCACCUAUACCGUGUGGAAGGAUAUCAAUAUCAACAUUAUAGAUACUCCUGGGCAUGUGGACUUCACGAUAGAAGUUGAAAGAGCCCUGAGGGUGCUGGAUGGCGCCAUCCUUGUUCUCUGUGCAGUUGGAGGGGUGCAGUGCCAAACCAUGACUGUGAAUCGUCAGAUGAAGCGCUACAGUGUUCCAUUCCUAACUUUCAUUAACAAACUGGACCGAAUGGGCUCCAACCCAGCCAGGGCCCUGCAGCAAAUGAGGUCUAAACUAAGUCAUAAUGCAGCAUUUGUGCAGUUACCCAUUGGUUUGGAGGGUGAUUUUAAAGGUAUUAUAGAUCUUAUUGAGGAACGAGCCAUCUAUUUUGAUGGAGAAUUUGGUCAGGUUGUUCGAUAUGGGGAAAUUCCAGCAGAAUUCAGGGCAGCAGCAGCUGACCACCGGCAGGAGCUGAUUGAAUGUGUUGCUAAUUCAGAUGAGCAACUUGGUGAGAUGUUUCUGGAAGAAAAAAUUCCCUCAACUUCUGAUUUAAAGCUCGCAAUUCGAAGAGCCACUCUAAAUAGGUCAUUUACUCCUGUCUUUUUGGGAAGUGCCUUGAAGAACAAAGGCGUUCAGCCUCUUUUAGAUGCUGUUUUAGAAUACCUCCCAAAUCCAUCUGAAGUCCAGAAUUAUGCUAUUCUCAAUGAGGAUGACUCACAAGAAAAAGCCAAAAUCUUAAUGAACCCUAAAAGAGACCGUUCCCAUCCGUUUGUGGGCCUGGCUUUUAAACUGGAGGCAGGUCGAUUUGGACAGUUAACUUAUGUCCGAAAUUAUCAAGGAGAGUUGAAGAAGGGUGAUACUAUCUAUAAUACGAGGACAAAAAAGAAAGUGCGGGUGCAACGGCUGGUUCGCAUGCAUGCCGACAUGAUGGAGGAUGUUGAGGAAGUGUUUGCCGGAGACAUCUGUGCAUUGUUUGGCAUUGACUGUGCUAGUGGAGACACAUUCACAAACAAAGAUAAUAGUGGCCUUUCUAUGGAGUCAAUUCAUGUUCCUGAUCCUGUCAUUUCAAUAGCAAUGAAGCCUUCUAACAAGAAUGACCUGGAAAAAUUUUCAAAAGGUAUCGGCAGGUUUACAAGAGAAGAUCCCACAUUUAAAGUCCACUUUGACACUGAGAGCAAAGAGACAAUUGUAUCUGGAAUGGGAGAAUUACACCUGGAAAUCUAUGCUCAGAGAAUGGAAAGAGAAUAUGGCUGUCCUUGUAUCACAGGAAGGCCAAAAGUUGCUUUCAGAGAGACCAUUACGACCCCUGUCCCGUUUGAGUUUACACAUAAAAAACAAUCAGGUGGUGCAGGCCAGUUUGGAAAAGUGAUAGGUGUACUGGAGCCUCUGGAGCCAGAGAACUACACUAAGUUGGAGUUUUCAGAUGAAACAUUCGGGUCAAAUGUUCCGAAGCAAUUUGUGCCUGCUGUAGAAAAGGGGUUUUUGGAUGCCUGCGAGAAGGGCCCUCUGUCUGGUCACAAGCUCUCUGGGCUCCGAUUUGUCCUGCAAGAUGGAGCGCAUCACAUGGUGGAUUCAAAUGAAAUCUCUUUCAUCCGCGCAGGAGAAGGUGCUCUUAAACAAGCCUUGGCAAAUGCAACAUUAUGUAUACUUGAACCUAUUAUGUCUGUGGAAGUUAUAGCUCCAAAUGAAUUUCAGGGACCAGUGAUUGCAGGAAUUAACCGGCGCCGUGGGGUAAUCACAGGACAAGAUGGAAUUGAGGACUAUUUUACAGUAUAUGCAGAUGUCCCUCUAAAUGAAAUGUUUGGUUAUUCUACUGAACUUAGGUCAUGUACAGAGGGGAAGGGAGAAUAUACCAUGGAAUACUGCAGGUAUCAGCCGUGUUCACCAGCCACACAGGAGGACCUCAUUAAUAAGUAUUUGGAAGCUACAGGUCAACUUCCUGUAAAAAAAGGAAAAGCCAAGAACUGACUUUCCUCACUUUGUUAACUAACUUUAACUGUCUCUAAGGUUUAGAUACCUUAAUGGAUUCCAGUGGAAUAAAUUCGGGCUGAAACAGGUAAUUUUAGAAGCCCUUCCUAUUACAUUCAGGAGCUUCUAUUAUAUCAAAGUUAUUUCUAUGUAUAUCUCAACUGUUGAUUGGUUUUAUACCUCAAAUAAAAUAUGAUUAUUAUUGAAA